UUCAAAAUGGUAGAUAGAUUGUUCCGUAUGAAAAUCAAGUCUAUAUUUGUUAGGUUUAUAUCAUUACUGAUUAUUUUCUUUGAUGCGGCUCGCUGCGAUUAUUUUCCAACCCUUUACCCAAGAGAAUCAGAAACAAGGGAAAUCAAAGAGCUAAAUGGACUAUGGAACUUCAGAGCAGAUAUGUCAGUCAACAGAAGUCAAGGCUUUGAAGAAAAAUGGUUUAUGUCACGACUUGAAAAGACUGGACCAGUCAUCCCAAUGCCAGUACCAUCAAGUUAUAAUGAUGUGACACAAGACAAAUCAUUACGAGACUUCACAGGAUGGGUUUGGUAUGACAAGGAGUUCUUUUUGCCGUUAUCAUGGAAAGGACAGAGGGUUGUGGUUAGAGUAGAUAGCGCAAGAUAUUAUGCUAAAAUGUGGAUUAAUUCUGUGUUUUUAGUUGAACAUGAGAUGGGACAUUUGCCUUUUGAGGCGGAGAUACAAGAUAUUGCUAAGUUUGGAUCAUUGAAUUAUCUAACAAUAGCUGUCAAUAAUACACUAACACCCAACACACUGCCACCUGGUGAAAUAGUGUAUCAACAUGGCAAUUAUCCUCCUUCUUUCUUCAUUCAGACAUUAAACUUUGGAUUUUUUAACUAUGCUGGUAUAGACAGACAGGUUCGUUUGUAUACAACACCACUUGUAUAUGUAUCUGAUGUCCGUGUUGUAACAGAUUUCACAGAAAAUGGAGGUUCAUAUACAGGUACUGUUUAUUGGAUGAUAACAACAAACUCUGAAGAGGCCAAAGUUCAAGUGGAAGUUGUUGAUGCUGAUAGUAACACUGUUGUCAUGGGAGAAGGUAUCAAAGGUCAAGCUACUGUUUCAAAUGUAAAGCUAUGGUGGCCAUAUUCAAUGGUGAAAACUGGAGCUGCCUAUAUGUAUGAAUUAAAAGUCACAGUUAAAGAUUCAACAAGUGCAUCAACAGAUAUUUAUAGACAGCCAUUUGGAUUCAGAACUGUAAACAAAACUAACACACAGUUGUUGAUUAACAACAAACCAUUUUAUUGUCAUGGUGUGGCCAAACAUGAGGAUUAUGAUCUUAGAGGUAAAGGUUUGGAUAUGGUCAGUGUAGCUAAAGAUUUUAACAUAUUGAAAUGGUUAGGUGUGAACUGUUUUAGAACAUCCCACUACCCCUAUGCAGAGGAAAUAAUGGACCAGGCUGAUCAGCAAGGCAUUGUUGUUAUUGAUGAAUCACCAGCCAUAGGAUUAAUCCAUGGAAAUAAUUAUGGGAACCAGACCUUGACCUUACACCUUCAAGCCAUGAGAGAGCUUGUAUCCAGAGAUAAAAACAGACCCGCAGUCAUAGCAUGGUCUCUAGCUAAUGAACCUAAUUCUAGAUUUGAAAUGUCUGGUCCUUACUUCCAACAGGUAUAUAAUUUGACAAAGUCCCUGGAUCCAACUAGACUGGUAACCUUUGCUUCAAGUAACAGUAACCCAUUGUCUGAUCAUGUGAUGAACAUAGUUGAUGUUGUUAUGGUUAACAUCUAUUUUGGGUGGUACCAAGACACUGGUUACCUGCAGACUAUUCCAUACCAGGUACCACCAACUCUGGAAGGUCUUUUUAAGCACUACAAUAAACCUGUAAUGGUAUCAGAAUACGGAGCAGAAACUCUAACAGGAUUACAUACAAGUCCAUCAUUUACAUUCUCAGAAGAAUAUCAGAAAGACUUACUCAUUCAGUAUCAUCAAGUAUAUGAUAAAAUAAGACAUGAGUAUUUAGCUGGAGAAAUGAUCUGGAAUUUUGCUGAUUUCCUUAUUGAUCAAAAAACAAAUUGGGCAUAUGGUUGUAACAAAGGACUGUUUACAAGACACAGACAACCCAAGAUGGCCGCCUUUACUGUUAGAGAGAGAUACAUGAAGAUGAUUAAUGAAACUCAGAAGUACCAAAACUGAUUAUGGGGCUGCACAGCUGACAGUCAUUUGCGAAAUAAAACAAAACGCUACACUAAAGUUGAUAUAGAAAAAAUAAUGAACUAAAUAUUUUUUGGGAUGUUCUUUUUUUUGUGAAUUACUUUGUUUCAUACAUUCCAAUUUUACAGCAAAAACAUCUCUACCUCAUACUAUAUUUAUGUCACUUUUGUAAUUUGAAUAUUAAACUGUUACUGAUUGAAAGACAAAGAAACAUUGUUCUUAUAUAAAUUAGCUUAAUUAAAUAAUGACUUUAUCUUAUACCUAGACAAGUUUCUUUCCAGUGCAAUAAGGUUUUUUUUAAUAGAUCUAGAUUUGAUUAACUAGUUGCCAAAAUAUAUGAAAUAUGUUUUUAUAUUAAUGCCAAUUACAAUGAAAACUUUCUAAUCAUUUAAUAUUUACCAUGGGGAAAACUAAGAAAUUCAGGACCUAUACAUAUAUAUAUAGUGACACUUCAAUCCACAAUCAACAAUUUAUGUAUAACAGUACUUUCAAACAGUAUUUGUCACUAAGAGGAGUAUGAAUAUAGACAAUAACUGUUAAGUGUCUUUAAAUACCAGCUGUAUUUGUACGAGGCUAAGAAACAGGUGUAAUACCAGCUUCAGCGAGCUAUUUCUCCUGUUUCGAGCCGAGUACAAAUACAGCUGAUAUUUAAAGACACUAAACAGUUAUUGUCUUUAUCCUGCAAUUAAAUUUGUACAUUUUUUCCCAAUCCCAAUCGUUGAAUUUGUUUUUGAAAGAAAUGGACAUGAUUUAAAUGCGGACCGCAAUGAGGACCCCAAAUUGAACUGUGACGUAAACAGUAAUUUGACAUAACCGUUCGCUCGCAACAGAAGUAGGAUACCAGGAGACUAUAUACGUCUAGUAUACGUAUAUCGCUUCAUGUUAUCUGUACACCUGUAUUAGUAUAGUAGAAAGGUCGAUUGCAGGAUAAAAUAUGAUAUCUAUGAAUACAUAAUGAGAUUAAGUAUCAUAUUUUAUAUCAUCUAGCAAGAUGAGCAAGUGUUCCUUGUCAUCUGUUAACUUUUCAUCUUUUUGGCAUGGAAAUACAGUGCAAAUUAAACUAAAGUUUCAAGAUGAUGUUUUCAUCUAGCUUAAUUCUUGUGCUGAAGAGAGCUAAACGAUGAAUUGGAAUUGUUUUUACAGUCUUUCAUAUAUUACUAACAUAGAACAUAUUUUGGAAUUUUUAAAAUAUAACUGCCUAUUAAAAUAUUUUAGAUAUAAUUAUUACAAUGAAUUUUUAAAUUGUUUUAUGCAAUUCCAAGAAAAAUUGCCAUUUGAUUUUUUUCAAGUUUUGUCUUAAAUCACAUAUUAAAUAAGCCCCACAAUUAUAAUUUUUUUUGCGUUAGUUAAUGAGGUUAAUGAAUUUUAUUGGUUAACAUGUAGUUUACCUUCCUAUAAAGUAUACAAAGUGAGAAGAUUGUGGUCAGUUUGCUAAAGUUGUGGUUAUAUUUUGUUGAUUAAAGUAAUUAGGAAAACUGUAUGUGUUAUUUGUUUAUAUCACAAAAUAGGUUUAUUUGCUUGUUGCUAUUUGUUAAUUAUGAAAUAUUGUUUUUUCUAUAAAUAAUAAUGUGGGUUGCUUUUGAUAUUUAUUUAAUUAAGGACACAAAGUGGAAAAUAUACACAUAUUAUUUCUAUGAAAUGAGAUGUAUAAAAAGGUUGUAACAUUGGUUUCUUUAUGAGACAUUACAAAAAGAUGUAAUAUUUUUUUUCUAAUUGAGAAUGUUAUAUGAUUGUGUGUUGAAUUUAUGAAGGAAAAAAGUCGCAAGAUUGCAGUUACUUUAUUUUAUAUUUUUAUGUUGGGAUGCUGUGUUAGUUUUGUUAUGAAUGAAACUAAUUCUAGAUAUUACUGUUGUUAGUGAAUGACGAUGCAAUAGUUGUAAGAGUUAAGUAGAUUUUUCAAAUCACAAAUUUAGUAGUGAAAAUGCUGUAGUUUGUUUGAUCAUUUUAUGAAGUGGGAACAUUGUGGUAAAGUUUUUAAAAGAUAUCUAAUAUAUUUUUGUAUGACAUUCCUUGUUUUUUUGCUUUUGUGAUUUACAUUAGGAUUACAUUUGAAUGUCUUUGAUCUACAUUAUUUGUAUGAAAUGUAUGUUUAUAAUCCAUUUAACAAUUUUACAUCUAGUACUGUUAACCUUUAUACUUAUCAUUACUGUUCACAAACUCAAUUUAAUAAUAAUUUAGAAUUGAAGUGUAUGUGAUUUAAUUUGAUAGUCUGUGCAAAACCUGAUAAUCAAUAUAUAUUCUGUAGAUCAAACAAUCAUUAUGUUUAGUUCAAGUAAUAAAGUUAAUCAUUAACCAAAUACAACUGUGAAAGUAGAAAUUUUUAUGCAGGUUUUAAGUUUGCUUAUUAAAUUAAAACCACAACAAAGUUUUACCUACAAAAAAUGUUCAUGUACUGGAGUUCAUGAUAAAAUAUCCUCAUAAAAUUAAUCUCAAAGACAAAACCAGAAAAUUUUAACUCAACUUACUGUGGAUUCAUAAUUAUUCGUUGUAUACCAAUUUUCGUGGAUUUCGUGGGUACAUGUGAACCACGAAUUCAAUUGUUCAACGAAUUACAAAUUUUCUAUAGGCUGUGUAUGCAGAGAUCAGCAUAACCAUGAAAUCAAAUAUCCACAAAAAUGCAAGAUUUUCACAAUCCACGAAAAUUGAUACCCACGAAAAUAAAUGAAUCCACAGUAAAUAAAUAUGGCAUUAAUAUAUGAUUGUCCUUUUUUCGUUUUUUUGGUGCAAAAACUGUUAAAAGAUUAAAAUAUAGCUUUCCUAAUAACUCUACAAUCUUGAUUUUUAUAUUUUUUCCUUCUGAUAUGGCAAGUGACUAAUUUGUUAAUCUAAAGACCAAUAUUUUUUUUCUAUUAAGAACAAAAAAUGUAAAUCAAUAAGCAAAAUCAUUCCUUUAGGAUUGUUCCUUUUUCUUUUCGUUUAUUUGUGUGCUAAUUCUUUAAAGACAUUGAACAGCAUCACUCUUUAUUCCACCAUUAUGAUUAUUAGAAUGUAUCCUAUAUUUGACAUGUUACAAUCUAGUUUAAUAACUGCCUUUGUAGUUUGAUCAUACAUUAAGAUUAUUGAAUACUCACACUCCAAUUAAAUACUCAGUACAACUACCAUUAAUUUAAAAAACAAAUUAGGCUGUACUUAUUACUUUCACUUGACUGGGUGGGGUUUAACCUGUUCGCUUAUCAUAGACCAGUUCAUCAAUAGACAGGUGUUUUGGGAUAAACUCUUCAAUUAUGUGUCCAGUUAUGGUCAUUGGUCUGGUUAAAUAUGUAAACACCAUUAUAAUGUGUAUUCGCAAAGUAAAUGGUGGAUAUGAAAGUAUAACUAUGACGAUGGCAGUUGCAAAAUAUGCAUAUUUCUUUAUUCAAUAACAUUUUAAUAUACCUUUUUUCUUCCUUUUAUUCCGAAUGUAUCAUUGGAAAAAGGGGGAGUAGUGGGGAAAAGUUGCAAAUGGUACUCCGACCUUAUUGAUUUCCUUUAUUGAACAAGCAAGAAGAAUUUUCUUUAUUAAAGAUUUUACUUGAUGCAUACUAAAUGUAACAAAAGGAAAUUAAAAGGUUUUAGUAAAAAAUGCAAAUAAAUUACAAAAGGGCUGCACUGUCUCUCCUUCUUUUUGAUGCUUCUGUAUUUUUAACCAUCUUUUUAUCUAUUGUAAUUAAUUAUAUUUUCUGUCUUUUUUUCCUGUUCCAUAUCAUACACUCAGUUCUUUUGUAUAGCCGUUUGUUGACACUGAUAGGUGAUUAGAAAUCAGUAAUAAUAAUUAUAACAGUAAUCAUCCUUAUCACACACGUCUUCAAAUAAACUUUCUUUAUACAAAUUAAAACGCUAGCUCUGCCCGAUCAGUUGAAAAAACAUUGGUAAAUGUUUUACUUGGAUUUUUUGGUAAAAUAUAACAUUUGUUAUUUUGUACUUGUUCUAAUUGUUUUAAUUGCAUGUACUUUUUAGGGGGAGGUUUAAAAAAAUGUGCAAUAUAAGCUUAAUGAGGAUAUAAAUACUUUGUUUCACUGCAAAUUAUUUCAGUAUUUCUAUGCAAAUGUAUACAUUAUUUCAUGUAAACAUAAUUAUUCAGUAUUUUAUGUAAGCACACACUGUUGAACUUGCAGUUAAGUGUGAGCUUUUGCUCCAUGUAUUGAAUGCUUCAACGUGUUUUGAGAUAGAAAACAGCAACUUAAGCACAAAAUUGUGGCUUUGGUUUAUGUAAGUGCAUGCAGGGAUUUGUUGUCAUGAGUCACUAUACCUUUUCAUUUAUUUUCCUUUGUGAAUUAAAAUGCUUGGACAUGUUGGACGAAAUACAACAAUUAUAGUGGAUCCAAUCUUAUAUAUGGAUUAAAUAGAUUUUGGUUUCUAUCACACAGAUUCAAUGACUUUAACAUACCAAACAUGUGAAGAUUAUCUACAAGUUUAUUAGCCAUUUCAUUAAAGACGUAUUUAUGAA